GCCGCUUUCUCUGCAGCGGCCGGAGAGGUACUCCGGGGAAGUAGGUGUCUCCUGCUGGGUUCCUGGCCGACCCACUUCUUUCGGCUCCGAGGCGGGAAGCGCCUUUUCCACACAGGAUAUCAAUGCAAGCCUGAAUAAGAAAAAGAAUUUCUCCCUCCUAAGCCAUGGCAUAUCAGUUGUACAGAAAUACCACUUUGGGAAACAGUCUUCAGGAGAGCCUCGAUGAGCUUAUACAGUCUCAACAGAUUAUCCCCCAACUUGCCCUUCAAGUUCUACUUCAGUUUGAUAAGGCUAUAAAUUCAGCGUUGGCACAGACGGUCAGGAACAGAGUCAAUUUCAGGGGCUCUCUAAAUACAUACAGAUUCUGCGAUAAUGUGUGGACUUUUGUAUUGAAUGAUGUUGAAUUCAGAGAGGUGACAGAACUUAUUAAAGUGGAUAAAGUGAAAAUUGUAGCCUGUGAUGGUAAAAAUACUGGCUCCAAUACUACAGAAUGAAUAGGAAAAAAAUGGCUUUUUAAUGCCAUCCUGUUAUUGUUCAUCAGUUUUU